UUCUGCAUCUUUCUGACUAUGAUCUUUCUGCUGCAGCUAGCUGCAGGCAUCCUGGGCUUCGUCUUCUCAGAUAAGGUACUGUAUCUCCACUAGGAAAGGAUCGAAUUAUUGGGGUAUCACUAUGGGAAUUAUGGGGGUAUCACUAUGGGAAUUAUGGGGGUAUCACUAUGGGAAUUCCUGCUAUUGGUUGUAUCAUGCAGCAUUUUAUCCCCUAAAAUAAACUGUAAAUGUCGGUUCUCCCUAAGAUUUUUACUCUGGGAACUCAUUCCCAUGCGUCCCGUCCCCUCCACCCCUGCCUCUAGCUAGGCCAUUAUACCUUGACCAGGUCCCAAUUUACUGUCAUUCACCAGUUCAUGUUAAAGAAGUGCAACAUCUCUCUGAGGUCAAUUCAAUAGAUUGUUACUGUCCCCAAAGGGCAGUUCUUCUGCAGCAUAAAAUCUGCGCAAUUGAAACUUACACACAGCAUAUAUACAACAACAAGAGGAAGAUAGGAAUCAUUAAAAGAGAAAGAUUUGCCGUGAAUAUACAAUAUUUACAAGAGCAACCAAUGGAAUCCAUGCUUUUGGAUUAGACUUUCAUCAAUUGUGACUGUUGAAUAUGGUAGGCUUUCUAAUGUUCUAUUGGCUCAAUUAGUGCUCAUAUCAGUUCAUUCAAGUCAUUACCGUAAGAUAAGGGUCAAAAACAUGAUGAUAACGAUAAAAAUGUAAAUUUAGAAGAGGGAGUUUUUUUUUGGUCUGUCAGUGACUUGUGGCCAGAGAUCGCCCUCUGCUGUUAGUUGCCUUCAACUUAACGUCACCGGUCGAUUUAAUUCAUCCAGCAGCGGGCUGUUGGUUUUCAGAGGAAUGUACUACAUGUAUACUUUGAGUGUGAGCCUGCGACUGUGCGUGCUUGCUUGCGUGUGUGUGUUUGCGCAUGUGUGUGAAGAGAUGGCUCAAAAGAUAGAACGCAGUUCAAAGAAAGGCAGCACUGUUUUCUAACCAUGGGGGUAUUAUUAUACCAGGAUUUACUCAGGAUAAAUAAAUGUGUGUAAUUCAUUGGCCCCUGCUUGUGACUUUACAACAUUGUCUUGCUCAGGGUACAAUUGAGUGUAUUAGUUGAUUGACUAAACAAAUUAUUUAAAGCAAAUGGCUGUCCUCUUUUUUUCUGUCUCUUCUAAAGGCACGGAAUAAAGUGAGUGAGAUCAUCAACAAUGCCAUCGUUCAUUAUAGGGAUGACAUUGACCUACAGAACCUCAUCGAUUUUGGUCAGAAAGAGGUGAGGAGUGGACCCCAUAUAACUGGAAAACAACACUUUCCCACUGUAAUACUUGUUGUUCCCAAAAUAAUACACGUUGAACUCAAGAAGUUCUGUACAGAGAUGGUAGUUUCACUACUGUUUAUUCAGUAUUAAAGGGGCUUUGUAAGAUUUGGUCUAGGUUUUGAGAUGACCCUCUAUCAGCCUUCAACUUCCUGAAAACAACAGUUUAGUUCACUGUAUUGGCCUUACUCACGAAUGUGUCUCACAAGCGCUUGAGGUAAAAGACAACAUCUACACACCACACUGACCUAACAACAAGUUGCACACAGAUACAGACUGACAGCCGUUGACAACACAGGCUAUACAGUCUGCCCAUUACCAAGCUAUACAGUCUGCCCAUUACCAAGCUAUACAGUCUGCCCAUUACCAAGCUAUACAGUCUGCCCAUUACCAAGCUAUACAGUCUGCCCAUUACCAAGCUAUACAGUCUGCCCAUUACCAAGCUAUACAAUCUGCCCAUUACCAAGCUAUACAGUCUGCCCAUUACCAAGCUAUACAGUCUGCCCAUUACCAAACUAUACAGUCUGCCCAUUACCAAGCUAUACAGUCUGCCCAUUACCAAGCUAUACAGUCUGCCCAUUACCAAGCUAUACAGUCUGCCCAUUACCAAGCUAUACAGUCUGCCCAUUACCAAGCUAUACAAUCUGCCCAUUACCAAGCUAUACAGUCUGCCCAUUACCAAGCUAUACAGUCUGCCCAUUACCAAGCUAUACAGUCUGCCCAUUACCAAGCUAUACAGUCUGCCCAUUACCAAGCUAUACAGUCUGCCCAUUACCAAGCUAUACAGUCUGCCCAUUACCAAGCUAUACAGUCUGCCCAUUACCAAGCUAUACAGUCUUCCCAUUACCAAGCUAUACAAUCUGCCCAUUACCAAGCUAUACAAUCUGCCCAUUACCAAGCUAUACAAUCUGCCCAUUACCAAGCUAUACAGUCUGCCCAUUACCAAGCUAUACAAUCUGCCCAUUACCAAGCUAUACAGUCUGCAAUUACCAAGGACGUGUUUGUCCUCGUCUCCUCAGUUCAGCUGUUGUGGAGGUGUUACCUACACCGACUGGUCUCAGAACAUGUACUUCAACUGCACCACAGACAACCCCAGCCGAGAGCGCUGCUCUGUUCCCUUCUCCUGCUGCCUGCUGUCUAAAGAUGAGGUCAGGGGUUAGAGAUCGGGGCCUUGGGGUAUUACAAUCGUCUUGCCAACAACUUGUUACAGUGGUUAAAUUAUGACAGACUACAGUUAAGUGUGCUAUUUUUAUGUUCCACUUUAUUGUCAAAUGUGGUUUAGUUUCAACAGAGCACAAGGCACUUAAACUAGCCCUAUUAAAAUACUAUAUAGUUGUAAACCGUUAUAAAGGAAAGUACAUUUUGCACCGUUAUGCGUGUGCACGCAAGAGUGUGUGUGCGUGCACAUGUGCAUGCUCAUGUACUUGCUUGUGCAUUCUCGUGCACGUGCAUUGUAAUUCAAAUGCAUCUCUCUCUCUGCCUCUCUCUCUCUCUGCCUCUCUCACUCCCUCUCUCUCUUCAGUUGGUCAUUAACACAAUGUGUGGUCAGGGGAUGCAGGAGCUAUCAUUCCUGCGGGCUGGUGCCUUCAUCCAUACCAAUGGCUGCAUCGACAAGCUGGUUAACUGGAUCCACAGCAACUUGUUCAUGCUAGGGGGCAUCGCCCUGGGUCUGGCCAUCCCACAGGUAGACAUCACCACACACACACACACACACACACACACACACACACAAUUGAAUAGUCUAUUCAGACCCACAAUGAAACUAAGGAGAAAUGAGUCAACACACACACACACUUGAAUAGUCCAUUACAGGGUUGGGGUCAAUCCGAAUUGAUGUCACUCAAUUCCUUCAACUUAAAACAUUUGAAAUGAAUAGCUUCUCCUUUUCAGUUUAUUGAGAAAUCAUUGAAAGUAGAUGCCGUUCUUUCAAUUGUUGAAUUGGAAUUUCUGUUUACUUCUUGAAUUGACUGACUUCAAUUUGAAUUGACCCUAGCCCUGGUCUAUUUAGAUUCACGUUGUAACUUUAUGGGCAAAUCAUCUAUACGUUUAGAGAGGGUCAGGAACCACUUUAAGUUACUUCUCUCACUUCUCUGCUCACCCAGCCUCUAUUGUUUUCCUGCGCUCUCUCUCUCUCUCUCUCUCUCUCUCUCUCUCUCUCUCUCUCUCUCUCUCUCUCUCUCUCUCUCUCUCUCUCUCUCUCUCUCUCUCUCUCGUUAGCUGGUGGGGAUCCUCUUGUCUCAGAUUCUGAUCAACCAGAUAAAGGACCAGAUUGAGCUUCAGAACUACAACCUGCAGCACCGUACGGACCCUUGGCAGUGA